AUGGAAGGUAACAUCAACAUGGGUUCUAGACAAAGUCGUUUUCUUGGAGGUGUUGUAGCAACCUUAGCAAGUGUUAUCAUGUUCAUUGAUGAAGGGCUUACUAGUAAUUUUAGCUGCUGUAGGAGGGAGUAGUAUAUCUCCGAACUAAUCCAAGAAAUGACCAUCACCACCGACCAAUCCAAUGACAAGGAACCACAAUACCCACCUCCGAUGAACACCGAUCCACCACCUCACGUGAACCACCAUUACAACCGUGAACAACCACCUUUUUUUCCUCUUCCACCUCCUUUCCAUGAGUUUCGAAGUUACAAAGAAAUUUUGAUUUGCCUUUCCAACCUCUUCUUCCACCUUCGUCGCAAUCACCACAACGCCUCCUGCCCCGGCUGUGAUGAUGAAUCUCCUCUACCUCCAAAUCCAAAUGCUAACGGCCACAUUGAACAACCACCUGAAAUCUUUGAUUCUUACCUCGCAGAGUACCACCUUCUGGCAUCACCACCGCAACCUUUCUACCAUGUCUCUCCGGAGAGCAGCUGCCACCACAGCCUUCACAUUCCUCCGAUUAUCCGUCCACCCACAAACUAUUUGGACAAUAAACCCACAUUUCGGAUCUAUACCAAGGCAAAAACUGAUUACUCUCUCACUAUACGUAAUGGAAAAGUGAUUCUUGCUCCAACUAAUUCUUCUGAUCUUCACCAGCAUUGGAUCAAAGAUGAGAAAUUUGGUAGGAGCAUUAAGGAUGAAAAGGGUAAUCCCGCUUUUGCCUUGGUCAACAAAGCCACUGGUGAAGCUAUGAAAUUUUCAAUCGGUGUAACUUAUCCGGUUCAGCUGAAGAAAUACAACCCUAAUGAAGUCGACAUGAGUGUUCUUUGGAGUGAGGGCAAUGACUUGGGUGAUGGUUAUAGGUCAUUUAGGACAGUCACCAAUAUUCAUCUUCAUCUAGAUGCAUUGGAUCAUAUUCCCGUAUUGAUUGCGUGUUAGUGUGGAGUUUAAUAUUCGACCGUGAGCAUGCUAUGUUCCAUGGCACUCGGCGUUCAUGUAUUUUUCGAAUGAUCACAUGUUUAAGUACCUAUGGAGAGUGUUGUUUAUAUAUCUCCAUUUGGAUAUUUUUAUAUGUUAUUUCGGGCCUCCGUAACGUAUUAAACUUGUUAGAUUUUAAUGGAUUGACACAUAUAAUCCUAUUUUAAAAUCCAUUAAACUUUACAAAUUCAAUGAAAC